AUGAUGCAUCUCGGGCUUUCUAUCACCUACACUCUGGCGUUGGUGACCAGUGCUCUGGCCGUCCCAUCGCAACAGCUAGACACUCGCCAGCAGCAGUUCAAGUCGACAGCCAUCACCGACCAUGCCGAGCCAUGGGCGAUCGCCUUCCUGCCCGACAACCGCAUCCUCGUCACCGAAAGACGAGGCAACCUGCGUCUCGUCGACCCGGCCACCAAGUCCAAGGGCACCAUCACCGGUGUGCCCACCGUCGCCUACGGCGGUCAGGGUGGCCUCCACGACGUCGCCUUGCACCCCAAAUACGCCGAGAACAGUAUUGUGUAUAUCAGCUACGCCGAGAGCGGCACUGGCGGGGCGGGCGGCGCAGUCGCACGAGCCAAGCUGACGCUGAAUGCCGACGGCGGCGGUGCGCUGUCCGGCCUCGAGGUCAUCUGGCGCCACUCGCAGAAGGCCUCGGGCGGACUCCAGUUCGCCUGUCGCCUGCUUUUCGGCCCCGACGGUGCGCUGUGGAUCUCGUCCGGCGAGAUCAACCAGAUGACCCCGGCCCAAUCCAUGACCGGCAACCUCGGCAAGAUGAUCAAGCUGUACGACAACGGCACCGCCUUCGCGGGCAACCCGUUCGCCAGCCAAGGCGCCGUCCAGGCGCAGAUCUGGUCGCUGGGCCACCGCAACCCGCUAGGCAUCGACUGGGACGCCCAGGGGCGUCUCUGGGAGGUCGAGAUGGGGCCGAUGGGCGGCGACGAGCUCAACCUGAUCGAGCGGGGCGCCAACUACGGCUGGCCGCUCGUGUCCGAGGGCCGCCAUUACGACGGCCGGACGAUCCCCGCGCACAGCACGCGCCCCGAAUUCGCCCCGCCCAAGGCCUUCUGGGUCCCCGUCAUCUCCCCGGCCGGCUUGAUCAUCUACAAGGGCGACCUGUUUUCAAGCUGGAAGGGCAAUGCCAUCAUCACCAGUCUCAGCUCACAAUCAAUUGUGCGCGUGACCAUCACUGGUGACACGGCGAAGGAGGCUCAGCGCAUCUCAAUGGGUAAGCGCAUGCGUGGUAUCCGAGAGGACAAGGAUGGCGCCAUCUGGGUGAUCGAGGAUGGUGCUAGCGGCCGGCUCUUGAAGCUUACCCCGAACUAA